AGCGUUGAGACAAGUACAUACAUAGCAAAUAUGGAGGACACCUUCUUCCUCGACUCGAUCGCGUACUUCUUACGUUCCACUCUACCAUGCAUGAUAACCAACUUCCUACAGGAUCUCCUUUUGUGUAGCUUGAACAUCGUCGGCCUCCUUUGCGCAUCGCUCAAACUUAUAAUUACUCGAAACGAGUCUUUCGUCGACGAAGAGGAGGAAAAAGAGGAGGAUUCGCGCGGCGAGCGCUGCGAUGGAUGCAGCGACAACGAAGGAGAGCUGACGUAUGACGAUGUGACAAUGGUGAUGAGGAGACUAGGAGUGCUGGGCUGGAGCGAAAAGCUAGAGGUGUGUAGAAGUGAGAGCAAGUGCAGGGAAUGUAGCUUGGUGGAAGAAGCUCGGGUGUUGAUGGAGGAGAAAGAGGCGAGUUUGGAAGAGCUCGAAGAAGCGUUUUACGUGUUCGAUCGGAACGAAGACGGUUUCAUAAGCCCCACAGAGUUGUGGAGUGUGAUGAGGAGAUUGGGGUUGCAGGAGGGGUCGAGAUAUAAGGAUUGUGAGAGGAUGGUUGGAGCAUUUGAUGGAGAUGGUGAUGGGAGGAUUAGCUUCCCUGAGUUUAAAAGCAUGAUGGAGAACACUAUGUAGCUAAAUAAUGUU